AUGGACAAUGAGAGUAGUUCGGAAGAAGUCCCAUUGAUAGAAACAAACAGCGACAUUGAGAAUACAUCCUCAACUAGGUCUCAUACCAGCGAGGCUGACGACCCUAUCCAAGAAUAUCAUUCGAGUGGAGAUGAAGCCGCAACGCAGCAGUGUAACAUCAUCUACAUGAUGUGGAUGGCAUCACAAUUGAGUGGAGGUCGAGUUCGAGUGCCCGAACACAAUAUUGGGCUUCGGGGGGAUCAAUACAUUCAAGCAAUCUUGAAUGGGAACCCCAGGACUUGCAAAACAAUGUUUCAUAUGGAGAUUCCUGCCUUCCGUUAUAUGUGUGACCUUUUACGACAGUCAUUAAUAAUGGACCCUACAGAGCGGGUCUCCGUGGAAGAAUCAGUGGGAAUGUUUUGCCUACUUGUUGGCCACGCACAAGGUCAACGCAUCGUUGGGGACCGAUUCCAACAUUCAAGCGAAAAAAUUAACCGCCAUGUGAAGACGGUUAUGCGUGCGCUACAUCAGCUAGGGAGGACUAUCAUUAGGCGCACAGACAUAGAUGGGGUCCAUCCUUACAUUGCGGGGAACCCCCAUAAUUAUCCAUGGUUCGAGAAAUGUCUUGGUGCGAUGGACGGUACCAUGAUUGAUGCUGCUGCACCAUCUAGACUAAGUGACACAUAUAGAAAUCAUCGUGGUCGAAUCGCACAAAAUGUGCUUUGCUUAUGUGACUUCGAUAUGAAGUUCACGUAUGUAUAUACUGGCUGGGAAGGAACAGCUCAUGAUGCCCACGUAUUUUUGGAUGCUUUGAGUCGAUCUCGAAAUCAAUUUCCUUGGCCACCGGAAGGAUAUUAUUAUCUUGUUGAUUCUGCAUUUCCAUGCAUUGAGAAGUUUAUGCCUCCCUAUCCACGAGAGAGGUAUCAUCGAUCUGAUAGUUAUAGAGGUCGUCAAUUUCGAGGCUAUAAAGAAUAUUUCAACUUCCGUCAUUCAUCGAUGCGCAACAUUAUUGAACGUACAUUCACAUUAUUGAAAAAACGAUUUCAAAUAUUGACUGCAAUGCCUCGAUAUCGCCCUACCAGGCAAGGUAUGCUCGCUGCAUUGGAGCUUCAGUUUAGUGAAGAAAAUUUGACUGGGGCGGAUAAUGAUGCGGGCGAGACAUCUGAAGUGGUUGACAUGUCCCAUGAGUCAGCUAGUGCUAUGAUAGCACAGAGAGAUGGGAUUGCGAUCCCUAUGUGGGCAGAUAGAUUUGGAGAAUGA